UCUCUCUCUCUCUCUGGUCUGGAGCCUCAUCCUCUAGGCUCUCCCUUUUCUUAUACACACACUUCGACAAAUCCAUCGACAGCUGAAAGGUCCUCAUUCAUGGCCUCACCAACCGAGCCAGCACACAAGAAGCAAGCCAGACCCAUAACCCACUUGGUCCACUCCACCGCAGCCAAUCUCCUCUCUCUCUUCGCCUCCCCCAAAACGACGCCGUCGACCCCGUCAACAAUCCGCGUCGCGUUCCUCUUCCCCAACUCGCCGAAACCACUCGCCUUCCAUUCGGCUCAACCGGACUUCAAAUCCGCAAUGAAGGGCGUGGAGUCCUCGUCUGAGUCAAACUCGGGGUUCCCGUCAACGGUCAGGAUUGCAGGGUUGAACUCGAAUAUCAAGGGUGGUGGGCCGGCCUUUGUGGGCCAGGUCUUCAGUAUGUGUGACCUCUCUGGGACUGGUCUCAUGGCCGUCUCCACUCACUUUGACAUACCCUUCAUUUCCAAAAGAACUCCUGAGUGGCUCAAGAAGAUGUUUGCAUCAGUUACUAAUAGUGAGAGAAAUGGCCCCGUGUUCCGUUUUUUUAUGGAUUUAGGCGAUGCAGAGAUGACCUACAUUCUGACUGAGGUUGUGUUCAUAGUUACAUAUGUGAAACGGCUGAAUAUUCCAAGUGGUGUGGUGGGUGCUUGCCGUCUUGAUUUAGCAUAUGAACAUUUCAAGGAAAAGCCCCAUUUGUUCCAGUUUGUUCCAAAUGAGAAACAGGUCAAGGCAGCUAACAAACUUCUCAAGGCAAUGCAGCAGAAUGGCAGAUGCAAAAGGGUUGACGGAGUCCCAGUUUUUAGUGCUCAAAACUUGGAUAUUGCAAUAGCAAGCUCAGAUGGGAUCAAAUGGUAUACUCCCUACUUUUUUGAUAAAAACAUGCUUGAUAACAUUCUUGAGGAAUCUGUAGAUCAGCAUUUCCAUUCUUUAAUUCAAACUCGGCACAUGCAGCGUCGACGGGAUGUGAUUGAUGACAGCUUGCCAGCAGAAGUAAUUGAAGAGAUGGGAGAUAACUUAUGGGAGCCUCCAGAGGUUCAGGAAGUAAUGGAUGAAAUGGGGAAUCCUGGAAUACCUUUGAGUGUCAUUUCUAAGGCUGCUGAAAUGCAACUCCUUUAUGCUGUUGAUAAAGUACUUCUUGGUAAUAGGUGGUUAAGGAAAGCAACUGGCAUUCAACCAAAAUUCCCUUAUAUGGUUGACUCUUUUGAGAGAAGGAGUGCUGCCUCUUUUCUUAGAGCUUCUCAGUCAUCUAACCGCCUUGCCAACAGGGAAGCAGUAAAUGAUAAUAAAGAUUCUGUACACUGUAGCACUUCAGAGGUUAAAUUAAAUGAUGAUAUUCAGACCAAUAAAGGAAACAAAUUAGAUCUCCGGUUCCCUUUUGGAGAUUGGUUUAGUCAUCUCUUGUUGAAGCAAAAGGACCAAACUGAAGAGUUGUCAAAGGAAUGCGUAGAGCUGAGCUCACAGCAAAAUCCAAACCUUCCUAAGAUUACAAUGGUUGGCAUUUCAACUGGUGAGGCAGGGCAGAUGAGUAAAGCAACUUUAAAGAAGACAAUGGAGGAUUUGACGAAAGAAUUGGAGCAGCCGGAUGCUGGAAAUGCUGGUGGUAGUGAUAUGAGUAAUGAGUUAAGAUUUGAAGAUAGAGAUCCACUAUUUGUGGCUAAUGUAGGUGAUUAUUAUUCUGGCAUGGCAAGGACAGGUUCAGCUAGAUGGGUUCGUGGAGGAAACAAUUAGGGGGCGCAACUGACAACACUUUUCUUGUUCUUUUUGGGUAUAAGUAGAGAGAAUACGUUGUUAAUAGGCCGUGCAUUUCUUUUUGCUGGGAUGUCGAUUUCUUAAACGUCUUUUAGCUUUUGGAUGUACCAUGUAUUUUACGAUAUGCCAUCGGACCACUGUUGUAAAAAGGUUUUCUUAUAGAGCAUAUAUGUAAUGAAAUGGAUAAGAAAGUGCCUUGUUUUUCUCUUC